CGUUUAUAUCGUUGGCCUAAAUAUUGAUUCCUUCUCCCUAGGUUGUUCCAUCAUCAAGAAACAAAGCCUCUUUAACAUGGAGGCCAAAGCCAGCUCAGGCAUUCAACUUCCUCCAGGAUUUAGAUUCCAUCCAUCUGAUGAGGAGCUCAUAGUGCACUAUUUGAAGAACAGAGUCAGUUCAAGUCCACUUCCUGCAUCUAUUAUUGCUGAGAUAGAUCUCUAUAAGUAUAACCCAUGGGAGCUACCAAAGAAAGCUUUGUUUGGCGUGGAUGAAUGGUAUUUCUUUACACCAAGGGAUAGGAAGUACCCCAAUGGAGCCCGGCCUAACAGGGCAGCAGCUUCAGGUUAUUGGAAGGCAACAGGGACAGAUAAAUCGAUUUUUAAUUCCUUCGGAACAGCCAAAAUAGGCGUCAAGAAGACUCUCGUGUUCUACGAAGGACGCCCUCCCAAAGGACUAAAGACAGACUGGAACAUGCAUGAAUACAGAUUGCUAGAUGCCAUGAUUUGGAACAAUUCCAAGAGAAAAGGAUCUAUGAGGUUGGAUGAUUGGGUGCUGUGUCGAGUUAGGCAGAAGAACAGCAUCCCCAGAAACACAUGGCAAGAUCAAAAUAUUCCAAGUUGUGCAUCUGCACCCACCGGCUUGUUCCCAAAAGUGAAUGAGCUACAGCAAAUGAACAUCAACCCCAACACUGAGAUGGUCACGAAUUAUUUUUACGAUGAUUGCCCAAUGUUACCUUGUAUCUUUUCUCCCCAGAAUUUUCCAUCAACUGAAAGAGCCUCAAGCAUAAACUUCCUAAGUAGCGACAAAUCUUGCACUUCUUUUCACAAUUUGUUAAACCUACUGAAAAGAAAACCUGCGGAAACAAACCAACAGCGAGGGAAUUGUUUUCCACCCGGCAAGAUGCUUAGAACAAAGGCAGAUAUAGAGGAGGACGUUGUAUCUAUCAGAAACGAUGGCACUGAUGAGAAUUUCAGCGGAACAGAUCAGUCUGAGAGUGGCAAUUUCAGCACUGAGCAAUGGAAUUCUCCCAUGCAAUAUCAAGAGUGUAAUCACCUAACCUUCACAGGAAAUCACCUAACUCUUGAUUAGAACAGUAUCAAGAGUUUAUAUUUGUAAAUAUCACGGUGGCUAUUUAUACAUUCAGAUAGCUAGGUACGGUGAUUUGUAUAGUAUAAGGAUCUUAGCAAAUAUGGUGAUUCAUUCCUAGUGGAUAGCUUGUAUAAAUUACUACUAAAUACACUAAAAGACUU